UCGCUGUCGAACAGCGAACACGUUCAGACACGCAGAGAGGGGAUUACCACUAGACGCAAAAAUAUAAGACAACAAAAAAAAAAAAAAUAGCACCAACAAAGUGGAGCGCGCAACGAAUAAGCGAAAAAAAAAAAUCAUAGAGCCCACUCGAACACGUUGCUCUGCCGCAGUCGCUGUCGCCGUCACCGUCUCCGUCUCUGCCGCCACCGCCUGCUGAAUCGUCGCGUAACGUAAGCGUAUUACAAAACAAACUCUGAGCGACGACGCUGCUCCCCAUUGUCGCGUAAUCAGGCAGGCAGGCGCUCCAAAGCGCUGCGCUAGUGUUUGUGAGUGAAUUUAACAAAUUUUGGCUUCUGAGAAAAUUGGCUAAAAUAUUGGAGGAGCCGCACGAGAAUUCGCCGCGUGGCCCAGAGCCCCCCACCCAGGUGCCGCACACCUCCCAACAGCUCAAGCCCCCCCCACCCAACCCCUCCAUCCUAUCUAACGAAAGGAAAACCCGUGUGUGCGGCGGGGUUACGUAAAGCCAACCGUCGCGUCGGACAAGCGCUGUUCCGAGUUCUUACAAAACAAAACAACAACAACAACAACAAAAGUUACGCGCACGCCCCAACAACAACAACAACAACAGCAAUCACAAAAUAGGGAGGGGAAAACGGCAAGGAAUUUCCCAAAAAAUUUCGUUUUCUUUCGCACGCGUGUGGCCAUAAAUUCUUUUUGGCAAACAAAUUCGAAAAUCCACCAAAUAAAUUCAAGCAGAAAACCCGACAACAACAACAAAAAAAAGAGCGAAGCAUAUUUCCGUGAGUGUUCGAUAUGUGAAUUAAGGAGAAACGAACGAAAGAUUCUUCCACGGUGGUUAAAGGAAAAGCAACAGCAGACAUCUAGACAUCCAGACAGAGAGCCCCCCCCCCACCCCUCAACCCAUCAACAACAAUCCUACAACAGCAGCGGUAGCAGCGCGUCCCUCGGGGCAACAACAAGGAGGCGCGGUUCCGUGCACCAGAGACAGAUGUUGCCGUCGCUGUCAAAACUUCUUCUUCAGUUCGUGUUUCGUGUUUCAGUUCCACAAAAACAGCCCAGAGCACCGCACGCGCAUCAGAAUUAUUAUUCCAACGAAAUAAUCGAAUAAUAAUAAAAUAUAUGAAAUAAAUUAAAUUAAAUUAAAUUAAAAUAUAUCUGAUACAUAACGUAAUCAAAGUGGAGUGAUGUGAAGUGAGAGAUAUCGGAAAGAUAGCUAGAGAUAGUAGGAUAUAGAGAUUAUGUCCACUGUUUUUCCGUACAAAGGCAAGAAAACGCGAAAAGUGAGCAGGAAUUUCGUGAGCAACGAGAACUACUGUUGCAGCAAUACCCCCCCAACCGGCCAUCCGGCGGGGCCGUUGGGCAUACGUGACUGCAGGCAGGUGCAACAGCAAAGAGCCGCAGCGGCUUUUGUAGCAGCAGCAAACUUUACGGGAAAGAUGCCUCUGUCGCAGGGCUACUGCCUGAAGCCCUCGCUGGCAUCCAAGAAGCGGGUGCUCAAGGUCCUGCGGAAGGAGAACCAACAGCAUAUGCAGCAGCAGCAGCAGCAGCAGGACACCCUCCCGUGCCACGGCGACAGCCAUCUACAGUGCUACCUACCGCACGGCGACAGCAAGAACUCCCUCAAUCUGUCGUAUCUGCUGGGCGAGUCCUUCGCCAAGGUGGGCAGCCUGGCCAAGGCCUUCGAUGUGUACGAGCUGAUUGCCAGCCGGCAGCUCGACGGCCACGUGCCGCUCGACAAACUGGGCAUCCUGGCCAGCGCCCUGACCAACCACAUCCGCCAGAUGGGGGGCAUAGCCUCGCCGCCGAGCAGCCCCAGCGCCAGGACACAGGAUAUGAUGCCCCCCUGGCUGCACUACCAGCAGAGCACCAGCGCUGGAACGCCAGCAGGAGGAGCAGCAGCUGAGGGACUGGCAUGCGCCAUGGUGCCCAGCCCAGCGCUGUCCGCGGACUUUGAUCCGCUGCUCUGUCCGCUGUGCGGCGACAUCCUGCGCUGUCCGGUGACCACCAACUGCGGGCACACCUUCUGCCGGCAGUGCUGCGAGACCAUCACCCAGUGCAACAUCUGCCAGGUGAAGUUCCCCCGCGUACAGGACGCCUCAACGCGCGGCGGAGGCAUGCCAACCGCCUGCGCCCUGACCACCACAACGUCGAGCAGCGCCGGCUCCAGCUUCUACGCGGGAUUCGGUGCCGCGUCCACGAACCAGAGUCAGAGCCUCAGCCUCGUCAGCGUUCCCAUGGGCUAUGGCCUGCGGAUGGCCAGCCAGAUGGCCGCCGCUCCCAUGACAGUGACCACCACCACAGUGGCCUCCACGACAGCGACGGCCACGACCACCAUGGCCUCCACAUCGGCGGCGGCGUCCGGCGCAGGCAUCAUCAGUGGCUAUGCGUUGGGCGGCGGUAGCUCCGCCGCGAUGAAAUUCAUGCCGGAUGUCCUGGUGCGCCGCCUGGUGGAGAAGUGGUGGGGUCCCGAUCUGCAGGCCAAGGAGAUCAGCGAGAAGGCCAGCAGUUGCAUGCACCUCAACCUGCUGGACGAAGCGCUCAAGUUCUGCAAUGCAAGUCUCGAUAAAGCACCCACGAACUUCAAGAGCCUCUGUCUGCGAGCGGAAGUGCUCCUCAAGCUGAAUCACUAUCAGAGUUCGCUGGCGGACAUUGAGAAUGCGCUGAGGACGCGCUGCACAUCGCCCAAGGCACACUAUUUGCGGGCGUUGGCUCUGAGUGGUCUGGGUCGACUGGAGGAUGCCCUGUACAAUGGCUUUUUGGCCAUUUGCCUCGACAAGAAUACAAAUCUCAGCAAUUCGGAAAUAUUUCAACAUGAUCUCGCCAAGAUACUGCAACGUCUCCUGGCCCAAAUGCCCAAGAAUCGAGUGACGAUCGGUCAGGCGGCGCCACCGCCGGUGGUCCGCAGCUAUGCCACCAGCCGACCGCCCUAUCCGUUGCUGUGGGAGCAGGUGCGACGCCGCAGGAAACAGCUGCUCCACCAUCAUCACCUGCACCACCACCACCAUCAUGUGCAUCUGGACGAUGUGGAGGACGAGUUCGGCCACUACGACAACUAUAUCAUGGCUGGGGACGAGAUGGACGACGACGAGGAGGAGGAGGUCGAGAAUCCCUCGCUGAUGGAGGGCAGGGAUCCGAGUGCCAUGCACAUGGACGGGGACUUUCUGUUCCCCAGUGCCCUGGACUUUAUGGACCACCAUCGCCAUCAGCGGCACGUGUACGAGCAGAAGCAGUUCGAUCUGCAGCCGCGUCGCCACGGCAACAGGAAGCACUGCAAGCGGAAAUGGUCAGCGGCCAUGGAGCCGCUCGGAGGCGGAGCCGAUCACGAAGAUCAUCGUGUGGAACAUGUGGAUCAUGCGGCAACGCAGGCGGAAGAGAGUCGCAGGUGUAGUCGACUGUUUGCCAGCGUGCUGGAGCGCACCCAGCAGGAGCUGCAGCGACUGAAAAAACUGGAAGGAUCGCUGCAGGCGCAGGCGGUGACGGCAGUGACCGAUCGACUGCUGAUCGAUGCCAGCGACUUUGACUGCGUCCUGUGCGGCCACACGCUGUGGAGGCCGGUGGUGACGCCCUGCGGCCACACCUACUGUCUGGUAUGCUUGGAUCGUUGCAUGGAUUACAAAACCUCCUGUCCAUUGUGCUUGUCGCCACUUGUGGAAUUCAAUGUCAAUGCCAGUGCCAGUGCCAGUUCCAAUGCCAGUGCCAGUGCCAGUCAAAGUCAAACACACAGCAAUCUGUAUCAGGGCUCAUCCUCGCCAGUACCCUUUGCGCUGGCCAAGCGGCCAGUCACCAAAUUCCUAGAAGCCGCAAUGAAACGAUUCAUUCCAGACCACUACGAGGCGCGCUUCCGCCAGGAGAUCGACGAGGAGCCCUCGGUGCCCGUUUUUAUUUGCACCGCUGCCUUCCCGGCAGUGCCCUGUCCCCUGUUCGUCUGCGAGCCACGCUACCGCCUGAUGGUGCGGCGUGCCGUCGAGUCCGGUGACAAGACCUUCGGCAUUGUACAGCCGAAUAGCAGCAAGUCGCGCUACUAUGACGUCGGCACCAUCCUGGACAUCCGCGACUGCGUCCAGCUGAGCGACGGCCGCUCGAUCCUCAGCACCAUCGGGUGCAAGCGCUUCAAGAUCCUAGCGCGCAACGAGAAGGACGGCUAUGAGACGGCCAAGGUGGAGUACAUAUGCGAUGAGCCCAUUGCCGAGGAGCAGGUCAAGACGCUGGCCAGCAUGCAGGGCCUCGUGCUGGCCAAGGCAAUCGGCUGGUUCGAGAGCCUCAGCACCGAUCAGAAGCACGAGAUCCUCCAGAGCUAUGGCCAGAUGCCUGCGCUCGAGAUGAAUUGGGAGCUGAUCAGCGAUGGCCCCGCCUGGGCCUGGUGGAUCAUUGCCCUACUGCCGCUCUCCCAGCAGCUCAAGGUGGACAUUCUGGCAACCACUUCGCUGGAGAAGCGGCUGAGAGCUAUCGAAAAGACGCUCGACUUGCUGCACGAUCUCAGCCAUCCACAGCAGGAGCAGCAGCACCACCACCACCACCAUCAUCAUCAUCACCACCAGCAGGUGCCACAGUCGCCACAGCAGCCGCACGACUUGAGUGGCCUGGAUCUGGACUGCGAGGAGCAGGACACGGCCUCGGCAGCAGCAGAUGAAUGCUGCCUCUAUGCGGAGGCCGCCAGCACUGAACCCCACACAGACGAAGAGCUGCUCCUCUAGGGCAGUUCGAAAUCAAGAGAUACAUAUAUAAGCUAAAGCAUAAGAUAUAUAUGUGUAGUUAUAGGAAAGAUUAAGAGUUAGAACAUUGUAAAUUGUGUGUCUAAAGCCAUUUCGUCGUUACAUGUUAAUCCUAGGGGCCAAAACCGAAAGCGAGACAACUUUAGAAGAACCAAAAUUAUCACUAGAUCAGCAACAUAAUCGAUAGAUGUAUAGAUCCUGUACACAAGUCUGUAUAGAAAGCCUGAACCUCCCUGAAACCCCAGUGAAACAAUCAAAAGGAUUGCUUUUGGCUUAAACCCAUACACCCUAAACCCUUAAUCGGUCCUCCACUUUAAUCGUACUCUUCGACAAAAAACAACAACAACAACAACAACAAACCACAUUCCACAAGUCUUUCAGAUACGUUUGCCAUAGCAGGAGAUACAAGUCGAAAAUCAAUUGUGUAUUGUGUGUUGUAUAAUCUUUAACAAACAAACAAACAAAAACUCAUGGUUUCUACAAAAACAAAAUACACAAAUUUUAACUAAAUACUAAAUGAAAAUACCUAAAAAUACCAACAAUUCAAUGGCCAACAAACAUACAUACACUGAAAAGAAAAACACACAACAAGAAGAAACUACCAUCCAAUAACGAAACAUUGGAGGAACUUUAAAACGUUAAAGUAUCGUAAACUUCUUUCAUCAUUUAGUUUUUUUUUGUAUAAAGCGGCUGGAACUCUAAGACAAUCUGCAAUAUUUUUUUGAUAUACCUAAAAAAAAAAAAAAACGAAACUAAAAUCUAAAAUCUAAAAAAAA